AUGGGCCAAUUUCUUCCGAUAAAGUUCCUCAACAUGGGCCAAUCUCUUCCGAUAAAGUUCCUCAACAUGGGCCAAUCUCUUCCGAAAAGUUUCAACAUGGGCCAACAUUUUCCGAUAAAAGUUCUCAACAUGGGCCAAUUUCUUCCGAUAAAGUUCCUCAACAUUCCGGGCCAAUCUCUUCCGAUAAAGUUUUCUCAACAUGGGCCAAUUUCUUCCGAUAAAGUUCCUCAACAUGGGCCAAUCUCUUCCGAUAAAGUUCCUCAACAUGGGCCAAUCUCUUCCGAUAAAGUUUCUCAACAUGGGCCAAUUUCUUCCGAUAAAGUUCCUCAACAUGGGCCAAUCUCUUCCGAUAAAGUUCCUCAACAUGGGCCAAUCUCUUCCGAUAAAGUUCCUCAACAUGGGCCAAUUUCUUCCGAUAAAGUUCCUCAACAUGGGCCAAUCUCUUCCGAUAAAGUUUCUCAACAUGGGCCAAUUUCUUCCGAUAAAACAUGUUCCUUCAACAUGGGCCAAUCUCUUCCGAUAAAAGUUUUUCUUCCGAUAAAGUUCUCAACAUGGGCCAAUCUCUUCCGAUAA